GGCUAAUUCAAUUUCUUGGUUAUCCCAAAAAGAAGAACUUUUGUUUUAGGGCAGUCAGGUUUUAAGCUUAUUAAGAGAUCGAAGUAGGCUUUGACUGAAGCAUUUAAUCGAACACUUGGUUUACUUGUAAUGCUCUAAUCUUUUGUGUUUCUUCAUUGUAAAAAUGUCAGUCUUGAACCUUAAACCCAACGCUGUCGAGUCCAAGAACAGAGUCUCUCUCAGUGCUUACAGCUUCAACAGUAGCCAUGGACGAGCAGCAGCAAUUGUGGUGAAGGCUGCUGCUUCUGGUGUGGACGGGGCUGAACCCGAGAGCAAUGAGGAACCAAAGACUGUUGCUGCUGCUGUUCCAGUGGAUAAACUACCGUUGGAAUCAAAAGAAGCUAAAGAGAAACUGCUCUUGGAACUGAGGCUGAAGAUGAAGCUGGCCAAGAAGAUUAGGCUACGCAGGAAACGUCUGGUUCGUAAGCGUAAGAUGAGGAAGAAGGGUCGAUGGCCACCUUCCAAGAUGAAGAAAAACAAGAAUGUCUAAGUGACUGAUCUGUUUGCUGCUUUUCUUUUUCUAUUUUGUAAUGUUCUUUUUGGUGUUCAAGGACCAUAAUUGUACUUCAAAUGCAACCAUUGUUUUUGGAUUUAACUUCAAUCUGAGUUCUUUAAAGAAGCCAUUUGUAUACAAAGGAGUGAGCAUUCUACAAAAUAGAACCAAAGAGUUUGA